AUGGCUGCUACUUCCAUCUCCGAGCCUGUCAACUUCAUCCUCCCUUCGAGCAGCUCCGGUAGCUCAAUUCAAAAGCCUAUCAAGUCUGUGUCUAAGCCCUGCUUUGGCUGUGACUGUGGCGAUGAAGACCCGUGCUUGCGAUUCAUGCUACAAGCGAAAGGUAUGUUUGAUGACCCUCCAGUGCGCUCCGCCGCUAAUCUCGCCAAGAUCAAAUGCGAUGCUGCGGUGCCGCAGUGUAAUUGGUGCAGCCACCAUAAUACUCCUUGCACAUUCGAUCGAAUAGUGCACAGAAAAAGAAAAGGCGUUGAGGAUGAUGGAUACGCGUUACUCAUCCUGUACAUCUGUCUGAUUAAUGCAGACGGCCUAAAGUAUCACGGCUGUCGGACCGAAUUAGCCGCAUUGAGCGGCUCCUUACUGAGAAAACGUGAGGAUACGCCGCAGUCUCGGGCCAAUACAACAGCCAGCACUUCCCCCAGCACUAAUCAACCCCCAGACUCGUCAUCAGCUCGUGUCCAUUUUGCAGGAAAAGAACUGGGUGUCAUCAGUCUACUUACUGGCACCCCAUUCCUGUUUCCUGAAGGUCAGGCAUGGAUUGAAGCUCGAACCGGGCAAAAGAUUCCAAUUGACACGCUCAGCCCAUCACGAGCACCAUGGGAAAAAGAGCGAGGCCAAAGUUUUAAUACGCUUCUAAUGAAUAUGAAUGCUCUCAACCCCUUUGAUCUACCUGACUAUGGGAUUCUGCAGGCUCAUCUCGAAGCUUUCAAAGCUUCCAAGGUCAUGCAACGCAUAUUUCCAAUCAUAGAUUUCGAGCUCUUUGAGGAGACGAUCAGAACGGCUUACAAGCAUCCGGGCUCUACUUUUGGCUAUGGACAAGCUAGUGCGCGGGUCUGUGUCAUUGCUUUUAUCACAUUUGUUUCUCGCCUUCCUCAGGUCAAGGAAACAAUCGCGGCUUUGAACAUGCUAUCUCAGGUUGACUAUGAUCUACUUGCCACGAGAGCGCAAUUUUUGAUGCCCCAGGUGCUUCAAGAGAGUCCUUCGUUGGACUCUGCCCAGGCUCUCACUAUUUUAACUCUCGUUGAACUUUCGGCUGGAAAUAUGCGGGCAACCAAUUACUAUUCCGGCAUCACGGCCCGAUUGAUCUUUAUGCUUGGUGGGAACGUAUUGAACAGUCAGGUCUACUCUCUCGACAGACGCCGGCAGCAAGAGGACCAACAAUUACGAAAUUUGUUCUGGAUCUGCUACACCAUGGACAAAGAUGUUUCGCUCCGCACCGGCCAGCCACCUACAAUCAGUGACGAAAACUGUGACUUGACCCUGCCAGUGGGCUACCUCGAACGAGCAUUCUCGGACGUAGAAGACGAAGAUGCACCGUUCCUGGGACCAGUCUUCCCCUUCGACCUGCGUCUGAGCAUAAUCAAGGCUCGUGCGCACAGAGAGCUCUAUUCCGUGAGCAGUCUUCGAAAGUCUGAUGCCGAGUUGCUCAAGUCAAUUCGGGUGCUAGAUGAUGAGCUUGAAGAGUGGCGUCUUUCGGUGCCUCCUGCAUGGCGUCCAACAAUGUCGUUCUCUUCAGAAACAUCAGACCCCAAUAUGGGUAUGCAUAGUGUUUUGCUGCGCUUAAAUUAUCAUUUAUGUAUGGCCAUCAUUCACCAAGCAAGUGGGAGGUGCAAAUCAUGGAUGGAAGGGCAAACUGGCAUGAUGGAUGGGGUAAGUUCGAGUAUGGCUCUUUCGGUAGAGGCCAGUCGAUCAAGUCUUUGUUACCUCGAGGCGGCGGAACAUGUGGUGGUCGAUGGAGUAUUCUGGACGCUCAUCUUCUACCCUAUGUCCGCGCUACUCACGAUCUUUUGCAGCAUUCUGCAGAACCCACUGGAUCCACAUUCGCGCGAGGAUUUGGAUCGAUUGAAGCUUGCCACUCUCAUGAUGGAGCGCAUUUUCUCUCGAAAAUUGCCCGAAAGUGAACUUGUGCACUUUAAGAUGGUCGCAGACUUUGUUAUGGAGUUAAAGCGACUUGCUGAGUGUGCCAUUGAUAAGGCUUGGGCAGAGCAACGUGCCAGCCACAUAACACAAUAA